AUGCUAGUAUCCAUGCUUGACCACUGUCAUCAACAACACAACAGCAAUCCACAGCCAACAAUGACGAAUGGCCUAGAAAACUGGUUACAUGACUCGUCAUCGAUGACAAGUGGCAGUCAAUCCCACAACACAUUCAUCAUGGUCAUCCAACAUCUCUUGUUUUCCAUAUGGCUUAUCAUACUUUCACUGUACCUUAUUGUGUUAGCGCUGUGGUUCGCAAGGAAAAUUCGAAGAUCCAAAUUAUUACGAUCCAUACCCACCACAAAUCAUUGCAAAGACAUGUUCAACAAUACGAGCAUGAAUCCCAAUAUGACAUGCAACUCCUCGUUCGUCAAUACAAAUGACACAACCAUGAGAAUGUCAUCAUCACCAUCAACAACCACAAGAGACUCAUCUUUCAAACAACAACAACAACCCACGACACAAGAAAAUUCAGAGACUAUUUUGUGUUAUUUACAUCCUGAUUUUUAUACAACACCAACGUCAAGCAACGAGAAGAUUGGUCGAUUCUCUGCACAAUUUUCCAUUGCUUUCAAUGUUGUGACCAAAGACAACAAAAGUAACAAGUAUUUAGAGGGUUUAUUUACCCAAACACAUGCAGACCAUUUGGAUGAUGUCUUGACUUUCGACACUCACACUCCUAGAAAUGAAUCAAGUUAUUUCAUUCCUUCACAUACAUGCCGAACGAGCACAUCAAGAUUUUGCAUGGCUUGUUUGAGGGAUGUACUACAACGAUAUCGAUUUCCAUACUUCCUUCCCCAUGCUGUGUGA